CAAUCGCAUUCUCAUCUCCACGAGCGGAUUCUCGAUAUUCAAUACCCGAUACUGAUACUCACGAUAAGCAAGGAACCACCGACGUCAUCUCCACCGUCACCAUGGGUAAAGGCGGUCGCAUUGUCUGCAUCUUCACUCCAUAUGUCCUCACCAUCGCAUCCUUAAUAUGCAUCAUCAUGGUGGGCCUGGGCUGCACCAAAUCCAGCUCAGACACGCUAAAUGAUCUCUACUUCUUCAGAGCCAACCUCGAUAACAUCACCUCCAAAGCCUCGUCCACAGUUUCAACGGUACAAUCGGUCGUCGACGACAUCACCGGUGUGUCGGAUGGCGAUCUCUCCGCCGCGCUGGAGGAAAUCGAGAAGGAAUACAACAUCGCCGACUUCUACACCAUCGGUCUCUGGGGCUACUGCGAAGGCAACAUCACCAACAGCAGCACCUACCACACCACCAACUGCUCCAAGCCCGAGGCCGAAUUCUGGUUCAACCCUCUCGAUGUGUGGAACCUGGAAGACACGGGUCUGGAAAAUGCCCUUUCCAGCAAAGUGAGAAAGGCCCUCAACACCUACCACUCCGUCUCCCGAUGGAUGUUCAUCGCCUACAUCAUCGCCUUCGCUGCCACCAUCGCCGAGCUAGUGGUCGGAGUUUUCGCCAUCUGCAGCCGCUGGGGUAGCUGCGUGACGAGCUUGGUGUCUGCUGUCGCCUUCUUCUUCACCACCGCCGCCUCCAUCACUUCCACCGCCAUGUUCGUCGUCCUCAAGGGCGUCUUCAAAGCCGAUCUCGAGCAAUACGGCAUCAAAGGCUCCAUGGGCAAGAACAUCUACGUCGCCACCUGGCUCGCCGUCGCCUUCUCCCUGGGAGCCAGUCUCUUCUGGGUCCUCAGCUCCUGCUGCUGCUCCGGUCGCUCUCCCUACAACCACCGCAACCGUAACAACACCCGUGGCGUCAUGGCCGAGAAGACUCCCUACACCUACGAGGCCCUGGGUCCCUACGGCCAGCCUCAACAGACUCCCUACACCAACACCUCGUACCCUCCUCCGCCCCCUACCCACCAGAACCAGGCCAACACGAGGACGAACGCCUAUGAGCCGUUCCGUCACGUCUAAACCACCACAACCACAACCACAAACAUUAAAAAAUACCCCCAAAACAAACGGGAACCAAUAUCCACGACUCACACUGGCGUUCUAGGUGGAGUUGCUUGGAACUAAUGACACCCUUAUGACGAUAUUUUCUUUUACAUUUUUUUCUUCUUUCAUUGUUCUUAGCUAGCCAGGAAAAGGCAGGAAGCUUAGUACUUACUAGUACAUACCCGUGAUACCCCGAGUAUGGAGGGUUGGAAUAGAUUAUGGGACUCAG